AUGGAGAGUCUUCUGUCUCUUCUGGAUGUAGUCAGUACUGCAUGGCUGAGCCCUGGCUGCACUACCUGGGCAAUGAACAUGAUGUUUGCCUUUUUGUGUGGACUGGGGCUCUUCUACCUGUUAUUGUCCUACCUCCAGUUUAACCCACCCUCACCCCCAGCAGGGAAGAGCAAGAACAUUGGAAAGGUGGUGAAGUGGGAGCAAAGAAAGACCAGAAAGAAAAUGACAACUGUGAAAGCUUACAGAGGUGACAGGAAAGCUGGCAAGAGGAAACAGAAGCUGCUGUCAUUUCCGCUAAGGUUUCACCAGCUCUUAAGGGGAGAUACCUCACGUGAAAUGCUCAAACCAGCAUCUGCCAAAGCCCAGCAGCUACCUAGUCAACCCAUGAAGGAUGCCUUUACCAACACCUUGUCCCUAGUGGGCUCCUCAGCUCCUCUCAAAAGCCACUUGCUGCCUGUAGACUCCACCUUGUCACCUGGCCUGCCGAAUUCCCAAGUUUCUAUUGAGUCACAGUCAUCUCUAAAGGGGUCUGAUAACCCCUUGAAUCCUCUGGGAAAUAUGUUACAGUCAAUGAGCAUCAAACAGCACAUUACUACCCCACACCCUUUCUGGAGCAGAAACAGCAAACCGAAGCAGUUUCCUGGUCACCAGAAGCUCUCUUACCAGGACUUAGGUGACAGUUUAAAUCACAGAUGUAGCCAGCUUUUCUGGGGCCUCCCCUUUCUUCACAGCGAGUCCCUCAUGUCUGCUGUUGGGGUGUCAGAGGGCAAUGUGUCUACUCAGCCCCACACAUACAGCCUCGUGGGUAGGUGCUGGCACCAUGCUACAGUCCUGGGGUCUUGGAUAAGCAACCCAGAGACAAGCCCAAGCUUAGGUAUGGGCUGGCGUGAGCCACAGAGUGAGCAUGAGGCGCAAAGAGACCUCUACCAUGGGGUGACAGUACCAGAGAUCAGUAUGACAUCCCGGCCACUAAAUACCAGAGAUACCAGGGAGAUGGAGGAGGCUGAGGAGGAAUUCUGUGGUUGGGCAGUCACUAUGGGAGACAGGGAUAUGGCAAAUUCCCAGACCAAUAAUGAACAUCUGAGGAAUUUAGAAUCUCUGGAGACCAGUGAAAGUGCAAUCCCUUCUAGAACUAUUUCCCCGAAUGCAGGCGACUCCAGCCUGAGCACACCUCACCACUCAGCCACUGGUAUAUUCCUGCAGGACUGUGCCACUGGUAUAUUCCUUGAAGACUGUGCCCCUGAGGUGCUGCUUGCUGCAGACAUCCUGGCCUCCCAGGCCUCUCUCUCCAGGUUCAAGACUAUCAGCAAGUCACCAUCCCAGGACAAGUCUUUGUUGUCAAGAGAAGAGAGUGGUCCCAAGAUUCCCAAAGUCUCACAACCUUGGACUAACCAUAUCUUUGGUCCAACUGACAAGAAAGAAAUCUCAGCGAGUCCCAGGCAAGAUGUAAGGCCUUCUGGGGUGAGGUCUACCAAGGCCUGCCAGUCAGGCAUCCCUGAAAACAAGUCUUCCUCGCCUGCGGAAAAAAAGUUUGGGGCCAGGAUAAAGAACUUUAUAAUGUCAAUUUUCCCGCCAAAAGGCAAAGUACAGGAAAACUUGCUGAGAAAAGUCAAGGCCUCAUCAGCCACUGCCCAAAACCAAGGGUCAGUCAUAGACAAAAUGUUCAUGCCCCUCCAGGUGGCUGAGGCAAAAGAUCUCAUGUCCUCUGUUGGAUGGAUUCUAGAGGAAAAAAUGGGGGUUCAACAUGCAUGUGCUCUCUCAAGGAAAACUUUGCACAAAGAACCACCUCAGGCCCCAGUGAGUAGGCAUGUCUGCUGCAACAUGAAAAUUACUUCAAAGUCUAAGAGAAUGCAAGGAAACAAGAGCUUUGUUCAAGCCAACCCCAAGAUACACAGCCAACCUUCCACAAACAGACAGAUAAGAUACGUCAACAACCAGGUCCAGCAACCAGUGUCCCAACCUAGUCACUGGCCACAUAAAUUAGGACAGAAUGUUCACUGUCCUAGGCACUGUCUUUGUAGAAAUGUGAUAUCUGGCAAAGAAUAUGCUUUCUCACAUGUGCCUUGA